AUGUGGAAGUGUUUAGUAUUCAUUUUGGUGCAAAUAUGUGCUGCAAGUUUAGUAGGUAAUCUUUGGCAGAUCUUCCAAAGGAUACCGCGAACAAGACAGGUUGAUCCGUGCAGUGACUUUUAUCAGUUCGCUUGUGAAGCAGGAGCAAACGAUUUAGACGUGGACAGUUACAGUGAAAAUACUACUUUGGGUUUCCUAGAGAUUGCCAAACAAAGAGUAGCGGAGUCGCUGUCUAAAAGUCUUAGUUGUAACUCAUCAACCUGGUGCAACGACGAGGAAUCAUUCAAUAAUGCAAGGAAGUUUUAUUCAGUAUGUUUGGACACUCAACCGGAAAGCACCUUACCUGAACUCAAGACGAUAAUAAAAUCGUUCGUCAAUCUUCCAAUAGUGAACGAAAGCUGGGAUGAAAAAGAUUUCAAGUGGGUCCGGGAGGUAUCAGUUUUGCGAAAAUAUGGGGUGCAAGCCAUCAUUCACGAGUUCGUCGCUCGUGAUUGGAAGAACGUUUCGGCCCUCAAAACCUACUUCGUUGCUCCCAAAUUCGACUUCGUUCAUAAGGAAGACUUGCUGGGGACUUCACGGAAUAGUGGCGAGCUUGUCUCCUUUUACAAAAGAUACAUUAAAUUGAUAUUCAAGAAACUGGGCUUAAGUAUUCAAAAGGCUGGAGAAGUAUCUGAAGAUAUUGUAGCAUUUGAAACCGAAAUUGCAAGAAUAGUCCCCGAUGAGAGCGAAGUCACCCCGCCAGAGCCAAUAACUUUUUACACUCUCAAGAAUCGCUUUCCUCAAAUGGAUUGGCUGACAUACUUUAUUAAUAGUGUAAAAACAUCUGCUAUUUUGUGGUCGCCGCUAAUAGUAAUCAAUGAGGAGUACUAUCGCAGAUUAGUGAACUUAAUAUCUCGAACCCAAAGUCGAGUAAUCGCUCAAUACUUGCUUUUUAAAUUCAUGUUCAAAUUUAGAGCAGCAGUAGAAGAUGCACAUAGUCCGGAAUAUUGUUUGGAAGAUGUUAUCAAGAAAAUGAAAACAAAUGUCGGCAAAGUCUUCGUCAACAACUAUUAUUCCCCCGAAACGAAGCAAAGUGUGAGUGAGAUUGUGGCAGACGUGAAAGAAGCUUUUGCGGAAAUAUUGAAUGAGUCUGUUUGGCUGGACCAGUCGACGAAGGAUCAAGCUCUUGAAAAGUUGCAUGCAGUGCGCACAAUCAUAGGAUAUUCGGAUGAUUUGUUUACAGAUAACAGGGAAGCGUCUAUCCGUCUCACCAACAAUUAUUACAAAAAUUGUGUGGAAUUGGCUAGACGUGAAGCAGAAAUUGAGCAUAUGCAACUGGAGAAAGGAUUGCAUCCUUGGAUACCUAGCUCUGUGGAUCCCAAUGCAUUCUACAACGUGACAGCAAAUACGAUAUUCAUUCCUGCUGGAUUACUUAUACCUCCUGUAUAUGAUAAGACUUAUCCUAAAUAUCGCAACUAUGGAGUCCUUGGAGCUAUCAUUGGCCACGUGUUGACCCAUGGAUUCGACUUCGAAGGAAAGGAUUAUGACUCGAAAGGGUCCGAGCAAACCUGGUGGACAACGAAAUCGCUCAUUGCCUACUAUAGCCAUCUAGAGUGUGUCCUCCCACAGUAUAACAACAUUUCUGCAUCAGAAUCUCGGGAAAGUGUGGGAGACUUCGGAGGUCUAAGCGAGAAUGUGGCUGACAGUGGAGGAAUACAAGUCGCAUUUCGGGCCUACAUGAACUGGAAACGGAGAAAUCAGCAAGAACUGCUGCCAGCAGGAACUAUUACUAGUGAAAAGCUAUUUUUUAUGAAUUUUGCCAAAUUAUGGUGCACUCCUCAAAGCAACUCUUCUUUGUCGAACAAAUAUCACGUAUUUAACUCCUUGGCCAGUGUACCCUCUUUCACAGAUGCUUUUGGCUGUGAACCAGGUUCCAAAAUGAAUCCAGUUAGAAGAUGCAAACUUUGGUGAACCACAAUUUAUAUACUAUUUUAAAUAAAUGAUUUAGAUUGAA